AUUCAUCACCGGCGUAAUUCUGAUGGCAUCGUUUUGGCUGACUGAACAGGACCUGCAGAAAUGCCUUAGAGUAAAGCUGCUAUGUGCUGAAAACAAACAGGACUCACUCCGAUGGAAAGAGGUUGUAUAGUGGGAACAGAUCUUGGACUACAAGAAACAGGGUUUUCCACAUUUCCAUUUUGAGACUUUCCAUUUGAGAUUUCGCCAGCAGUCGGGCAGCAAAAGAUGAAUUAGCUGAGCUGUUAAAGGAUCGACAGUGGCGGUAUGCACGCCGAUUCCUGUGAAUUUUCCUAAGCUCCUGGGGGACUGCUUUGCUUUUUGAAUCAGAAAGUUACAAAAUACUGUCAAGAAUGGCACUUGUGGAUAAACACAAAGUCAAGCGGCAGCGACUGGACAGAAUUUGUGAAGGUAUUCGCCCUCAAAUCAUGAACGGCCCCAUGCACCCCCGGCCCCUGGUGGCACUGCUGGAUGGGAGGGACUGUACAGUGGAGAUGCCCAUUUUGAAGGACUUGGCGACGGUUGCAUUCUGUGACGCACAAUCAACUCAGGAGAUUCACGAGAAGGUAUUAAAUGAAGCUGUUGGGGCGAUGAUGUACCACACCAUCACACUGACUCGAGAAGAUCUAGAGAAGUUCAAGGCCUUACGGGUCAUUGUUCGAAUAGGCAGUGGCUACGACAACAUUGACAUCAAAGCCGCGGGGGAGCUUGGGAUCGCCGUCUGCAACAUCCCCUCGGCUGCCGUGGAGGAGACGGCCGACUCCACCGUCUGCCACGUCCUCAACCUCUACCGGCGAAACACCUGGCUCUACCAGGCGCUGCGGGAAGGCACGCGGGUGCAGAGCGUGGAGCAGAUCCGGGAGGUGGCCUCCGGUGCUGCCCGCAUCAGGGGGGAGACGCUUGGCCUCAUUGGCUUCGGUCGCACUGCACAGGCGGUUGCGGUCCGAGCCAAGGCGUUCGGCUUCAACGUGAUAUUUUAUGACCCAUACCUGCAGGACGGGAUAGAGAGGUCCCUGGGAGUCCAGCGGGUCUACACGCUCCAGGACCUGCUCUAUCAGAGCGACUGUGUCUCGUUGCACUGUAACCUUAACGAACAUAACCACCACCUUAUCAACGACUUCACGAUUAAGCAGAUGAGGCAAGGAGCGUUCCUGGUGAACACGGCGCGCGGGGGGCUGGUGGACGAGAAGGCCUUAACUCAAGCCCUGAAGGAGGGACGGAUACGAGGGGCUGCGCUUGACGUGCAUGAGUCUGAACCGUUUAGUUUUGCUCAAGGCCCAUUGAAAGAUGCUCCUAAUUUAAUCUGUACUCCGCACACCGCUUGGUACAGUGAGCAGGCGUCACUAGAGAUGAGAGAAGCUGCUGCUACUGAAAUACGGCGUGCGAUCACAGGGCGCAUCCCAGAAAGCCUAAGAAACUGCGUGAAUAAGGAAUUCUUUGUCACAACAGCUCCGUGGUCAGUAAUAGAUCAGCAAGCAAUUCAUCCAGAGCUCAAUGGUGCCACGUACAGGUAUCCACCUGGGAUGGUCAGUGUCGCACCGGGAGGAAUACCAGCAGCUAUGGAGGGCAUCAUUCCCGGAGGCAUCCCCGUUACUCACAAUCUUCCCACAGUGGCACAUCCUUCUCAAGCUCCAUCUCCUAACCAGCCCACAAAACACGGGGACAACAGGGAACAUCCCAACGAGCAAUAGCAGAUAAUUUAAAAAUCAUUCAAUAAACUUGGGACCAAGAGACAUUGGAAAAGAAGUUAUACAUGAACUAAAAAAAGAAUUUGAUACAAAAUUUGUAAUGUUGAUUUUGGACAGACGCAUCAUUGAUGUUCCAGUGUUAACGACAAAGUGAUAGCAGUCAAGACUGGGGAGAAGCCCUGAAGAAGUCACCUGCUUACUGAAGCGCUGAAAACUAGGAUGUGAUACAUUAAUGAUCAACUUCUGUUAUUGUGUGUUAAGUUUCCUUCAUCUGUGCAUCAACCACAUGAAUAAAAAUAGAUUUUUUUUUUCCCCUCAAUUCCUUGGGAAGGACAGGGCUUCUGCACCUGUUUUCAAACCAUUGCAUUAAGCAAUCCGUACAGAGUUAAUGCAGAAAUGUAAGAGGAAACCAUUAUGUGGCUUCAGCCCUUUCCUUACUCUUGUAUCUGGUUACCUCUUCUAACGGGAGGCAUCAGUACUGGCUUAGAAGUGGAAGGAAAAAAAAAAAAAAAAUCCUUUUUGCAGUCUCACAGGGCCAGUGACGUGUAACAGAAGUUCUCCUGCCAGGUUUAAGUUCUAGCCAUUCCAGCUGGGAUCCGUGGGAUGGGGAGGGGAAAAAGGGCUCCUGGCAACGGCCGCUGCCCUCCCCAGCUAAGGAAAAAAACAAACCGCCAGUCUCUUCUCUGCCCAAUACACUGAAUAAAGUAGCUGUGCAUUCACCUACGCCCUGCAAUGAUGCAAGAAAAAAAAAAAAAAGAAAAAAGAAGAAAGUAUUGUUUCACACACUAUUUGUACUCAAAUAUAUUUUCUCAGUUUUAAAUCUGCAGCUAUUUUAUCAAGUGGAAAAAGUCUUGAGCUGGAAAGGGUUCAAGAAUAAUGUUGCAUUUCCUUAUGUCUCAGGAAACACUUUUUAUGGUAACUUGUCAGACUGUCUAUGAACAAAACCCACUUUUUUAGACAUUGAUAAAAGUCUUCUUUUCUUCACGUGAUAUUUUAUACAAGAACACUUCAAAAUGUGUUAUUAGAUGUGACUGAUUUUAACAAAUCCUAUUAGAUUUGUAUCAACUAGUUACAUGUUAUAUUCAUAGUCUUUUGUGAAUCAUCGCCUUUGUUUUUAAAAAGAUGGCCUAUUUUGAGCCUUUGUAUGGGUACAUUCCUGUUUCUGUGACAAAAAAAAAAUCUUAAGCUGUCCCAAACAGAAAAAAAAAACCAAUGGCUAUCAGAAGUAUGUUUUGUUUUAGUGUGUUACCGUUAUUGUAUUUGUUUAUUGUAAAGGUGGACAUUUAGCGUUCAGUGCAGUUUUCAAUAAAAAGUGAUAAAAUUUCUGUAAUUUCUGAAA